UCAUUUCACUGCAUUUCUCACUCACUCUCUCUCCCACUCUCUGGCUUCUCUUUUCUCUGAUCUGCCACUGUCUGAAUUACACUCGCAUCACUUCUUUUCCACAAGGUCUCUUCAAACCUUGAUCUCUUGCUCACUCUCUUUUUCUGAAUCUCCCUCAUCUUCACUUUCUAUUUCUCCCUGUCAAUAAAGAGGAAUGCAGUAUGUGGCAGGCUGUGGAUCUGUGGCUGUUGAUAAUCACAACUCUGCUUCGGGUAUCAAUGCAGGGUCCUCAUCAGCGCUUUCUGCUCAGGGAGCUGCUGAGGGACUACAACCCCAUGGAGAGACCAGUGGCCAAUGACUCCCAGACUCUCACUGUUCAGUUCUCCCUUACUCUGAUGCAGGUCAUGGAUGUGGAUGAAAAGAACCAGAUCCUCACAACAAAUGUCUGGCUGCAGAUGCACUGGUAUGACCACUACCUCCAGUGGAACCAAUCUGAGUAUCCUGGAGUUAAGAACCUCCGUUUCACUUCCAUCCAGGUCUGGACGCCUGACAUUUUGCUUUACAACAGUGCUCAUGAUAAGUUUGACGCCACCUUUAAGACCAAUGUGCUAGUUAACUCCAGCGGCUUCUGUGAGUAUCAGCCCCCAGGAAUAUUUAUCAGCACAUGUAACGUGGAUGUGCGAUGGUUUCCAUUUGACAUCCAGCGCUGUGAACUGAAGUUCGGUUCUUGGACAUUUGACGGCUUGCUGCUGGACAUCCAGAUGCAGGAGGCCGAUGUGUCAAGAUACAUGCCCAAUGGAGAGUGGGACCUACUGGAAGUCCCUGGGGAUCGUCAUGAGGUUUUCUAUGACUGCUGUGCAGAGCCUUACCCAGACGUUACCUUUGUGGUGACAUUACGGAGGAGGACCUUGUUUUACACUCUCAACCUUCUCAUCCCCUCUGCACUGCUCUCCUCUAUGACCUUGCUGGUCUUCCUGCUCCCUGCCAACUCUGGGGAGAAGAUCAGCCUUGGCAUCACCGUUCUGCUUUCUCUGACUGUCUUCAUGCUGAUGGUUGCAGAGAUUAUGCCUGCCACUUCAGAUUCAGUACCACUGAUAGGUCAGUACUUUGCCAGCACCAUGGUGAUUGUCGGGAUGUCAGUAGUAGCGACAGUCAUUGUCCUCCAGUUCCAUCACCACAACCCCAAUGGUGGACACAUGCCACGUUUGGUGCACUUGGUUCUGCUACAGUGGGUUCCUUGGUUUUUGCGGAUGAAGCGUCCAGGUGAGGGAGCAGACCCAGCUUUUUCCAACAUCCAGGCAGACUCUCAGAGCAAGGCCCUCUCUUCGCCAACCAAUACCAUUACCACCUCCACCAUCCCCACCCCAGUACCCUCCCUCUUCCCUCAGAGCUUUCAUUCCCUGCAGGCCAGCCUCGCCCAGCUCAGCCACCCUCUGUCACACCCACCGCCUCACAGGUCCAACUCCCAGGUUGUUAUCCUCCCUAAUCCCAGCCACAGAGAUCUCAGCCCCAGUCAACACCCUCAGUCUAAUGGUCAUCUGCCUUACAUGGGCUUCCAGACCACAACAGAACUGGAGCCAGUUCAGAGGAGCAGAAUCACCAGUCAUGGCAGGUUUAACAUUGGACCAGGUGCAGGAGGGGGAGAGGGAGCAGCACCAGGAGGUGGAGGACCAGCUGGAGAUAUACCAGUCCAUCAAAAACUCUCAUCUUCUGUGCUUGGGAGCCCCCUACAAGAACCUCUACUGUCCCUGGAUCCUGACCUAUCAACCACAUCCACAUGCGGCUUAGAGGCAGUGGCUGAAGCCUGGAGAUCAGCUGCCAUGCACACCCACAGCGGUGUGAUUCGAUGUGCGGCGGUAGACAACCAGCUGCAGGCUCUGCUGGUGGAGGUGCAGUUCUUAGUCGAUCAUGUUCGGGAACAGGAUCGGCAGCUGAGUUUGGCAGAGCAGUGGCAGUUUGCUGCAGCUGUCAUCGACCGCCUCUGCUUGGUGGGAUUCAGUGUUUUCAACAUCAUCUGUACCAUCGCUAUUCUCCUGGCUGCACCUAACUUUGGAGAAGCACUGUCAAAGGAUUUCCUCUGAGAAGCCAAAGACAGAGAUCUGAGAGAGAGAAGGGGACGUUAAAGGAUAAUACAGAUAAGGAUUUAUUGGAAGCACAAUUGCUGUUAAUGACACUGGGACACAGAAUGCCAAAUAUUUCCUGUUUAAUAAGAUGAGCUGGACCAUGGCACAUGUUGAGUAGAUUCAUAGUAGAAACAUGAGGCUUAAUGUUUUUCUUUUUAAAUAAAGUAUACCUGGUCACGCUCACCUUUACAUUCUUUUUGCACAGCUUUUUAUGGCAUUUUCAUCAAAAUAUGGAUGAUUGUUUGUGAGAAAACUGACAACAUCAUUAGUUAGUUUUUAAGUUUAAAGAUUAUAUAAGACAUGAAUUGCUUUGCCAGUAGAAUCAUAAAGGAGAAUCAUCCUCGUAUCAUCAUCCUAAAUUUGAAAAGUGAUUGUACUGCCAGAGAUACAACACAGAAUUGCUCAUUAAAAAAAAUUGGCACCAAUGUGCUGCAUGUAAAAUGACAGACCUGUCACGCUCAAGCAGGAUUCCUUUAUCACUUUAUAAUUUCUCAUUCAAGCUAAGUUUACUGUUCACUGAUCUUCAAUUGCUUGUCAGUAGAGAUUCUAAAGGGGCUUUGUGAUGACCGUGCACACCAUUUCCUCUGCGCUCUCUUCUGCACUCACACUUAUAUAAAUCAUUCUGCUGUACAAAUUUUGUGUGACCACUGAGUUUUUUUUAAGUAGAAUGUAGGCGUUUCAAUUUAAUUUCAGUUUCAUUCGAGGUGUUGUCAAGACUUUUAAAUAAUAGGAUAUCCAGGAAUGUUUUUCGUAACAAAAAUCCCUAGAAAUAAUAAAGGGAAGAUGACACUGGUGAUUCAUUUUCUGCACCUUUAAACAAUAUGUUAGCUUCAUAUUAUACUGUAGUGCUUACUAUGAAGCAGAAAAUGAAUAUCCCCGCUGAGACAGGGAUCCUUUCCAUUUGUUGUGAUUUACCUUCUGUAAAACUACACUGUGCAAUCAUGUGAUAUCUGAAAUGACAAGGCUGGAUAUUUCUGGUUGCGGAACACACUAGUGAUUAUCCACACAGCUAAAAGAAGUAUUUCAAAACCUUUAAUUCAUAAUGUAAAAGACUGCUGAGAAAUAACAGGUUGUGUCAUUUUUCCAAGAAUCCUAACAGAUUUAUGAUAUCUUCUGAACACACACACACACACACACACACACACACACACCUUCAGUCAUCCAUCCACACACUCACACUGGCGUAUGCAGAACAAUAUCAUCUAUAUGACUCUGGCUUUGAAUGUAAAUCAUGACAUACAUUUUGCCAAAGUGUCGAACACUCAAACCCCAGUCAGCUGUGACAGACUGAGCUGUAAACGCUGAGAAAUAAACUCCUCUUU